UACACAUACCAGAUAAUGUAUGGCUGUGAGUGGGAUGAUCAGACUGGAGAAACAAAUGCAUUCGAACAGCAUGGUUAUGAUGGAGAGGACUUUAUAUCUCUGGAUUUGAAAGAGCUGAGAUUUAUUUCCCCAGUGCAGCAAGGAAUCCCCACUGUACAGAAGUGGAACAAUGACAAAAGUAAACUCGACUAUGUCAAAAAUUACUACAGCACUGAGUGCAUUGACUGGUUGAAGAAGUAUGUGCAGUAUGGAAAGAGCAGCCUGGAGAAAACAGUCUCUCCUCAAGUGUCUCUGCUGCAGAAGGAUCCCUCAUCUCCAGUGGCAUGUCAUGCUACAGGAUUUUACCCAGGUGGAGUAACAAUCAACUGGCAGAAAAACGGACAAGACCAUGAUGAGGAUGUGGAUCUUGGUGAAAUUGUUCCCAGUGAGAAUGGAACCUUUCAGGUGAUGAGCAAACUCAAUGUUAAACCUGAGGAGUGGAAGAAGAAUGAGUACGAAUGUGUGGUGGAACACAAGAGCAGAACCACCAGAAGCGUUCUGACAGAGGACAACGUCAUAACUAACUAUGGAUCUAAUUCCUCAGAGUCUCUUCCCAUUAUUCCCAUCAUUAUUGGUGCCGUUGCUGCUGUCCUGUUGGUGGUCAUCGGUGUUGCUGGGUACUGUGUGUAUCAGAAGAGGAAUGGCUUUAGACCUGUCCUCCGGUAAAUUCAUCACUAUUUCUUUUUGAUUUAUUUAAUAAUCUCUAUUUGAUUAAUAAAUGUUUCAAUAACAGGCUGUGCUGCUGGGUACUGGUUUAUAUUAUGUACUGUUUAUAUUUAAAUCUGAAGUAAAGUCACCAAGUUUUGUUCUGCAAUAUCUUUGUUUAAUGCAAUUGAAUCAGUAACAAAAACAAUAUGACAUGUAUUUGUAACAAUAUGUAAUGCCAUUCUGUGCUAAUCUAAACAGUUUUGUUCGAGCAGUCUGUUGUAUUGUUGUUGUAAUGUUGUUUUCUGUUGUAGCCUCUGAUGAUGGAUCAAACAGCUCAACUCAUACCGAUCCUAAUGCAUAAAGAUAAUGCUUUGUUUCUUUUGCCAUUUUAGGAGACUAGAAAAGUGGAAGAGAUGAAGAAAAAAUGAGGCACACCUGAUGUGAAUGAAGCCUCAUCACCGCUGCUGUUAAAAUGCCGAGUGCGCCUCUCCUCGGGAGACCAGUCUCUUGCCCGUGCAUGCAUGCUGGUGUCCUCGUGGGUCCAGGAAGGGAGCGUAGAGGGACUGAGUGCCACCGAAAUGAUGGACGAGCUGCCGGACCCACGGUCCGGAUUUGGACCGCACCCAAACGGCUGCGGGCUAGGAUGCCGGGCCCAUUUACCCGGCUCAGGAAGUGCCAAGAUGAAAGGUGGAUGAAGCCGCUACCCCUCGUGCCACGGACCUUGGCGGGGAGCGAGUGCGGCCGACGGACUCCGCCCCUUACCUGGAACCUUCCCUUCUGAACACUGCCCCUCCUUCACAGAACCCCUGCACGUCGAGGACACCAGACCCCCUAUUUAUUUUGGACACUUUUGUUUGUUUAUAUUGUUUAAUAAAAGCCUCUCCGAGGCCUGACGUCAC